GUGAUGUCACCUGAUUGAUGUGCUAAUGUUUACUAUCAGUCGAGGGGCGACAAUUCCGUCUUAAUAAUUGCGGCUAGAUUAAUCAAUGGGUAAAUAAAUCCAGAAGAUAGAAAACAAAGCAUACGAUAGGAUCUAUCUACAGAUGCUCAGCAGGGUCCAGAUGGUGUGGGUGUUCAUCAUGAACCGGAUGGGCUCUCAGAGCGCCUCGGCAGCCCAGCGAAGACGCAUGGCCCUGGGAGUGGCCAUCCUCCUGUUGGUGGAUGUCAUUUGGGUGGCCUCCUCCGAGCUGACCUCAUAUAUUUUCAGGCGACAGGAGUACAACAAGCCCUUCUUCAGCACGUUCACCAAGACGUCCAUGUUCGUGCUCUACCUGCUGGGCUUCCUGCUGUGGCGGCCGUGGAGGCAGCAGUGCACCAGCUCACUGCAGCGACCUCACACUGCGUUUUUUGCCGAUGCCGAGGCAUACUUUGCGGCGUGCACCGCUGAAAGCACCAUGACCCACUCCCUGAGCGAGCCGCUCUACGUUCCAGUGAGGUUCCAGGAGAGGCCCCUGGAGCCGUCCUCCUCAGCCUCCUGUAACGGUCUGGACCAGUCUGCGGCUACUAGAAAGCAGCGGGUGCGUUUCAGUAACGUCAUGGAGGUCCGUCAGCUGCCCUCCACCCAAGCCCUGGAGGCCAAGCUGUCCCGUAUGUCCUACCCCGCCGCCAAGGACCACGAGAACAUGCUCCGCUCGGUGGGCAAGCUGACGGUCCCCGACGUGGCCAAGAUCAGCUUCUUCUUCUGCUUCGUGUGGUUCCUGGCUAACCUGUCGUACCAGGAGGCGCUGUCAGACACCCAGGUGGCCAUCGUCAACAUCCUGUCCUCCACCUCAGGUCUGUUUACGCUGAUCCUGGCCGCAAUUUUCCCCAGUAACAGCAGCGACCGCUUCACCCUGUCCAAACUGUUAGCCGUGGCCCUGAGCAUGGGGGGAGUGGCCCUGGUCAGCCUCUCCAGCAUGGACAUCCCCGACGGGAACGGCAUCAUAGGGUCUCUGUGGUCGCUGGCCGGGGCCGCCCUCUACGCGGUGUACAUCGUGAUGAUUAAGAGGAGGGUGGACCGAGAGGACAAGCUGGACAUCCCCAUGUUCUUCGGGUUCGUGGGUCUGUUCAACCUGCUGCUGCUGUGGCCUGGCUUCCUGGUGCUGCACUACACGGGCUUUGAGUCCUUCGAGCUGCCCAGCCAGUUGGUGUGGACCUACAUCCUGAUCAACGGCCUCAUCGGGACCGUCCUGUCCGAGUUCCUCUGGCUGUGGGGCUGUUUCCUUACCUCAUCACUAGUGGGGACCCUGGCUCUGAGCCUCACCAUCCCGCUGUCCAUCCUGGCCGACAUCUGCAUGCAGAAGGUGCGGUUCUCCUGGCUGUUCUUCAUGGGGGCCGUCCCCGUGUUCCUCUCCUUCUUCAUCGCCACCCUGCUGUGCCACUACAACAACUGGGACCCCGUCAUGGUGGGUCUGAGGAGGCUGUUCGCCUUCAUCUGCCGCAAGCCCCGGAUCCACAGGUUACCUGGAGACAGUGAGCAGUGUGAGAGCCUCAUUCCACUGCACACUGUCGGCCACGACCACGAGGACAGCGACGGCUUCUCCUGACCAAUCAGAACGUCGACAAGUGGCCUGAACUCACAAUCGGUGGGUGAACUAGGAGCUUGAUACGAGGACAAUCUGGGAGUUCUGGAACAGAGAGACAUUGAAGAACCGUAGUGCCUUUAUUUAUUCUCUACAGUGUUGGGAUGCCUCCAUUAUUUUUUGUACGACGGACUCGUACUCUGGUCGCUCGUGGCUUCCUCAUCAAACCCCCGGUCCUGGACUCCAUUACCAGUCAUGUGACCACAUGUCUCAGGACAGGUUCCCAGGGAGGAUGACACUACAGGUGGGCGGUGCUUCCACCUUCCCUCUAGGACCCCAGCUAUUGGUCCGGUCUCUCAUCCUGGGGUCAGAGUGCUCCGAUUGGUGCAGAGGUCUGGCUUUUUUCAGUGGCUCAUAUGCCCAUGGAACCUGUCAGUCUUUUUCUUUUAUCUCAUGUCAGUUGGACAAACAUUUAAAAACUUGGUGGAAAUGGAAGAAAAUCUUUUCCCCAAACUUUAUUAUUGCCAAGGUAGUGGCAGAUGAAGAACACUAAUGUACGAACACGUCAUUUGACGUCAUUAGAGCAGUCUGCCUGUAAAGUAAGCAAGAGGCUUACUCAACAGCUAACAGCUAUUGCUCAAUCUAUUAAAUCACCAGAGAGAAACAGCAGGCUGUUCAUGUGGCCUCAGUCACUUCCUCUAUUGUAAAAACACAUUUAAUGUCACAUUUUGACAUUAAAGGCUUGCAUUUUUACUCGUUCCAAAUAUGGUCUUUCCUGUCUUCUCUAGGUAACUUCAAAGUGCACUUUUUUAGAUGCAGAUAAUUUUUUUACCUUUUGAGGUUUUCUACACUGAUGUCUCGCUGGGUCCUGUUCGCUGUCUGUUUAUGUUGAAGGAGAUUUCUGUGAUCGGUUCCCAGUUGACGAGGUUAAAAGUGUGUCAGUCUGAAGACAACAUUCUAAUAUCUGUUUGGUUUUGUAUUUUAAAUCUGGGGUAAGGCUUGGUUUGUUCUGGAAAAUACUUGGGUCUCACUGGUUGUAUGGCCAGGUAAAAUACACAACAUGACAUGUUAUACAAAAUGCAGACCUUUGUGUUGGGAAAGACACUAGAUCUGUAAUACAUAAUACUCUAAUUGUCCUCGUGUGUGGUGUUCUACACCAGUCUGAGCGAGCUGGGAUGGAGAAAAGCUGUGAUGGGCGGACUCAUCAUAUGGUUUAACGUAUGCAGCCUUCAUAAAAUGUUUAUUUAUCAGUUCAAAAGUAAGAGAAAAGACUUUUGAGAGAAGUACCAGUCUAGUUUCUGAAUGUCUGAUGACCACUAAUGUUAUGUGCUCUGUUGGUUUUCUAUCACGGUUGAUAUUUCAUGUAUUUUGUGCAAAAAUUGGGCACAUUUCCUGAUCAGAGAAUAAAGAAUUGAUUUUCUUACGGUGGCCAUAUUUCCUAGGCUUCGUCUGAGAUUUUUUUAAAAACGGUUGCUCUAUCAACUUAAUAUGGUGGUUCUUCUUUUAAAUAUAUGUUAUUGAUUAUAUGUAUUUUAUUCUUUUUCAUAUAAUCAUUUAUUUGUACUUUCUUUGAUUAGCCUUAUCAAGUCAUCUGGCAAACAAUCCAACUAAUUGAUCAUUGUUAUGCCACUAUCGCUGUUAAAACGUCUCCCAUGUUUAUGGGUUGUUUUCAGUACGCUCGUGGUGUCUUUAUGAGCGAUGUCAGGCAGGAGGAAGUAAUGUGGCCAGUGUAAACUCUGUAGUAAGAGUGCUCUGUACCACCAGUGGGAAUUCAAAAUACGAUAUCCAACUGCCUUUCAAUGUUAGUAUUCAAUCCGAUUGUUUUGUUCUCAAUCAAUCAAAGGGGACGUCUGUGUUUCAGAAAAUGAAGAAACAACUAUGAAAAAUCGCUGGUUAUUGACGUAUGAAAAUGUGAAACAUGAAAAUCUGAAGGUUUUUAUUAGUCUUUGGGUCCGAUGUAUGAUUUUAACAUGACUUUUACUUUCUCAGGUACUGUAUGGUGGAUGUUAUUACCAUGUUUUUAUUCCCUAGUUAUUAUGUAUGUAGCCGUUUCCAGAAGCUGAAGUUGAGGCGGUGGCGGUUAUGAAUCGACACUCUCCUGACCUUUCUUUGAAAACAAGCUGUUUUCAUACUUCAAUGACAAUAUUAAAAACAAUACUUUUUCAUAUCUUUCAACGGUUUAACUCUUCUCUUACAUUUCUGAGACAUAAGGUAUCUUAAGGUAACAUGGAGGUCCACUAUGGAAGGUACUCUCCAGUGAGACUUUAUCAACCAAAAGAGGGAAAGUGAAAUGAGGAACUGGUAUUCUUAAAGGUCCCAUGGCAUGCUACUUUAUGGAGGCUUUAAUAUAGAUAUUAGUGCCCCCCCCCGCCUUUAAGCCGUGGUGCAGAAUUAAAGCUACUAUGAGCCAGUCGCACGUUUCAGUGUCUGUAGCUUUAUUGCAAAUGAGGAGGAGUGAGGUGGGUCAAGGUGGAGGGUGGGGGUGUGGCCCUGAGCAGCUUGCGGCCACGGUACCAUGCGCUCCUGUUUACAGUGGAUGUAUCGCAAUGGCGAGGCGCACACAGCCUUUGGCCGUGUUCUGUAAAUAUUCUAGAGCACUCUGGGUGCUCCGGCGGGAGUCCUGGAGCUCUAUAUCUAAAUAAUAUAUCAUACAUAAGUAUCAAUAUCAUAUAAUAUGUCUUAUCACGGCAAAAAGCUGUGUACGCUACCAGACGAAAUUAUGAAUCUCAAAAGACUGCGCUGGAGAACGAGAGACGUUCUCCGACGUCUCUGGUUCGUCCACGUUCACAUCUAUCUGAAGUAGACUGAACCACGAAAUGGAGGAGAAAGGGAUUGUUGGCCGCAAUUGUUGAACACGAUUUUCUCCCGACGGAGCCUCGCUCCCGAGGGACCACCGCCUCAGCAGCGGGCAACAGGCAGCGGGAAGCGGGGCUCAAGCGGGAGACAAUCGCGGGCAACAAUCCCUUUCUCCUCCAUGUCUUGGUUCAUGUACUUCAGGGAGUCAAAGCCAAAGUUCCUUUCCCCCAAUUCCUUCUCAACCAUGGCUGAGUAACACCCACUACGAGUCUAGUUGUAGAAAUACCAGAGACGUCAGAGAAUCCGACGUGUUAUGCGCCAUAACACCAACAGCAGAACGGUUAUCCAAAUAGCAAGGAAGUUUACAACACUUGCGUUACAGUCCUGGAGCUCUAUAUCUAAAUAAUAUCAUAUAAUACACAGAUAUCUAUAUCAUAUAGUACAUAUUAUCACGGCCAAAAGCUGUGUGCGCCUCCAGAAGAUAUUAUGAAUCACAAACGACUUUGUCGGGUUCUCCGACGUCUCUGGUUCUUCCACUUCCACAUCAAUCUGAAGUAAACUGAACCACGCGCUGCCUGCUGCCGGCU